AUGCCCGAGCCGGUACGGAGUUGAGCCCGUCCGGGGCACUCUCAAACGUUCUCUCAACUAUGUAUGGAUCACCUUUCGCCGCAGCAGCACAGGGCUAUGGAGCAUUUCUGCCCUAUUCAAACGAUAUAUCAAUUUUCAAUCAAUUGGUGAGUGCCUUUACUGAUAUAUGCAUUUGGUUCCCUUCAUUCGCUUUUUCCCCCAUCCACACUAAAAAAGAGAAAGGGCGAGGUGACGUUACGUUAUUGAGACAAUGAUCCAUUCAGGACUGAACAAGAAGUGCUCGUUGGUGAACUUUGUUAUUGACUCCUUUUUUUUAAAUAUAAAAAGUAGCCAAGAAGUAGCACAAUAACCGAAAUGUCAGUCGAAAACCUAUGUUUAGACCACUAGAAAAUAAAGAAAACAACUGAAAUUGCAUUUGAUCGUACAGCCGUUAAAAGUGUGGAUACAUGCAUCUUGAAAUACAUUGAAAUGUUUUGCAAUUGGUAGUGAAGAUUUAGAAAUCAAAUAGUUUUUUUCUUGAACAGAAAUGGUGUGUAAAAAAUACAAAUGUGUAACUUUUACAUAUGGUGAUGCUUUUGUUAGUCGUAAACGCAGAAAUCACAUAUCCUAUGUGAAGAAAGACACAUGUGGUGAUAGUGGCUUAAUACUGCAUAUAUUAGCCUAUAUGAUUUGGUCUUAUUUAUCAUAAAGUAGAAUUUCGUUUUGCAAACAUCAUUAAUCUAUCAUAAUAUCUCACACGUCCUUUGGGUCUCUGCUCUUUGUCUUUUAGGGUGCUCAGUAUGAGUUGAAAGACAGUCCAGGCGUCCAAGGACACCCAGGAUUUGCCCACCAUCACCCAGCGUUUUACCCAUAUGGCCAGUAUCAGUUUGGUGACCCGUCCAGACCCAAAAAUGCGACCAGGGAGAGCACGAGCACACUGAAGGCCUGGCUGAGCGAGCAUCGUAAGAACCCCUACCCCACCAAGGGCGAGAAAAUCAUGCUGGCCAUCAUCACCAAAAUGACCCUCACCCAAGUGUCCACCUGGUUCGCCAAUGCCAGGAGGAGGCUAAAGAAGGAGAACAAGAUGACCUGGACUCCCCGGAGCCGCACAGACGAAGAGGGAAAUGUUUACAACAGUGAUCACGAGGAGGGAGAGGAAGGGGACAAGAGGGAGGAUGAGGAAGAGAUCGAUUUAGAAAAUAUCGACACGGAAAAUAUCGAGAAUAAGGACGACUUGGAUGAUCAGGAUGACCUACACGCUGAUUUAAAAUUAGAUGGUAGAAGCGACUCUGAGAUUUCAGACGGCUAUGAGGAUUUACAAGGGCCGGAUCAGAGAUUUCUAAAGGCUGUAGUGAAGGAGGGCAAAGAUAUUAACGUGGAACGGGGCGAGCACUUCCACCACCACCACCAUCACUCUUUUGAAAUUAAAGCCUCACAACCGAAUGGCGAACAACUGAAACUGAAUCCGGUGUCCAUCAAUUCGCCCCCAUCAGAAAAUAACGCGGCCCCGGCCCCGGCCCAAAAGCCAAAGAUUUGGUCUUUGGCGGAGACAGCAACAACCCCUGACAAUCCCCGCAAAUCUCCACAAAUGAAUGGCAGCAACACAGUUGGGCCCGGGGCCCAGACCAUAAUCAGCCCUCAUCACAGACUCAUCUCUUGUCCUGUUGGAAAAAUCCAGAACUGGACAAACCGAGCUUUUUCUGCCCACCAGCUCGCAUUACUGAACUCUAACCAUUACCUUGGACUGGCGAACCAGGCUUCGGCGAACGGGCUCGCCCUCUACAGCAGGCAGCAACACCAACACACGCAGGACAAGAGUCAUAGCUCAGACACAGCCGUCACAGGUACAUGUCACCAACACUGAGGCUGGCGAGCCUGACUGUAUAACAAACUGUUCAUUAUUACUCUAUUUCAGACUUUACUUAUCCCUCUUUAACGCUAUAGCCUACUUAAAUAGGCCUGUUCUGGACAGAUAUUUUGAGGCCGUAAAGAUGAUCAUAAAAGUGUGUUUCCAUGCUGUCGUUUAUGUGACAGAAUAAGGUGGUGUUGAAGCUUUGAACUGGGGGAAGACAGACAGAGUUGGUCGAAAUAAAGGGCCGAAGUCAUUGGUUUUUAAUGUUAUUAUCAGCUGGUUUAUUAUGAGAAUGGAUGGUCAUUCAUGUCCGAUAAUGAUUUUUAAAUUCAGCAUUUGGCCCCAUAUUUCUUUGUCACAUACCUACUUCAGUAUUGUACGUGCUUGUAUUUAACCCGUGACUGACGUGAAGAUUCCCAGGCAGUGAAAUACUAAAUUCACGGCGACAGUGCUGUGCUCUAGUUAUAGACAGGAGAAUGAAUGCAUUUAUUUAUUUAUUUUAUUGCCAUUAUUAUUUCAGAGAGAUCUAGUGCCUUGGAAGCAGAGAAAAAGUUGUUAAAAACAGCCUUCCACCCAGUUCAUAGACGGUAAGAGACUGUCAUCUUUAUGUUAUUUGGCUAAAUUAUUUUUUAUGCACAUCCUAUUUUAUCUUUGACUACCACAUUUACUCAAACUAUAGCCUAUUUUGUCGUAUUUGUAGGACAUGGAAUAGAUGGAUUCCUCAGUGCUUGUGUUAUUUCGUUUAGGCCUCAAAAUUAUAUUUGCAUAUUUGUCAUGCAAAAACCCCAGCUCAAAUUUACCACAUUGGUUUUAUAACCGGCUCUCAUUUUUCAAAAGCAAUCUUCACUUUAUAUCACUUUACUUUUCAAGCAUUUCAUUACCUUGCAGUUCUAGGUUAUUAUUAUUUUCCUCUUACUGAGUGUAUUUAUUUUCUUGACCCGUGUGUUGCAGGCCUCAGAAUCAACUCGAAGCAGCCAUGGUUCUAUCAGCUCUCGCCUCCUCCUAGACUUUGACUUUCACUCUUUCUUUUUAUGAUUUUAUUUUAAUCUGUUGUAAGGAAUGUAAAAUAAGAAUAAUACAUCUGUGUAUACUUACCUUGUAAGCAUGUCCUGUGUAAACCUGCUAAUGUAAUAAUGUAUGAACCAGUAGUCUGUGAGUUUUCUUUUUCUUUUUUGUAAGUUCUGUGAGGAUUUGAUGUUCAAAAUGUUUUGUAUAUAAAGUUAAGAAAAUGUACAUACUUGUGAACCAAAUUGUACAAGAAAGUCUAUAUUUUGGCUAAUAAAUGAACUGCUGCAACUUUAUUAUAA